GUAGUUAGGAAAAAAUGGCGGCCAAGUCAAAGAAUAGACUCGUCAAAACUCAGAAUAAUUUAUUGGAAUAUGAUAAAAUUCAACUGAGAGAUGUUAUUUGUUCUAUUUGUCAGUCCAUUCUCUUGGAACCUGUGACCUUACCAUGCUUUCAUAACUUUUGCCAGAGCUGUUUUAAAAGUAGCAUAGAAAACAAUGCUUUGUGUUGUCCCCUAUGUCGGUUGCGAAUAGGUUCAUGGCUAAGAACCACAACAAAACAAAAUAAAAUAGUUAAUAUUAAGCUUUGGGACGUAAUUAAAACCAAAUUUGCGAAAGAAGUGAAUAUUAAAUUACAAGGUGAAGAUUUAAACUUAAGUCAAGAACAAUCCACUGUAUGUCUUAGUGCGCCUGGUGAAAUAAGAGCAGAGUAUGAGGCAGAACUGAAGAGACUGCAAGCAGAGCGCCUACAGCAAGAGCAGAAGCAACUUGAAGAAACCACAGUUCUUAUAAAGAAGAUCCAGGAAGAAGAGGAUGAAACCCAUAAGAAGUAUCUAGGAAUUCUAAAGCAAGAUGAAAUAUUGGCCAAAAAAGUGCAAGAAGAAAAUAAUAAAGAACAUAGUAAAAGAGUGGCCCCUGCUAAUAGACACCGCCAUACAUUGGCUCCGGCUAAACCCAAAUUAAAAACAGCAAAAAUAGAAGCAUUUUUAACUAAGACAUCUACAAGUUACAAAGUUAACCCACUGUUAAUUGAUGACAGCACUAAUAGCAGCAACAGUUCAGAUUUCGCACCAGCCAAAACUGAAACUCGGGGAUCUCCUGAAAUGGUGCCCAGUUACAGCAAAUUUCUCAAAAAUAUCCUAGAUAAGAAAAUCAGAAACAUUUCUGGAAUUUGGAAUAAAGAGAAUGGCGACAACAGUAAAACAAAGAAAACCGACUUACUACCUCACGUAAAUAACUCAUUUUCUACUGAUGAAAAAGAUCCAGAUAAAAUGCUGAAUGCCACACAGUCAUUACCUGUAUCCUUGCCGUACACCGGGAUACUACAACAUAAGAUUAAUGCGUUGGAUAAACGUAGCGUUGCGAGUGGUAGUGUUGACUCUAUGAGGCAAGAGCUCUGUUAUUUUAAGCCCGUGCAAGGAACAACAGCGACAAGUUACAAUGCGAAGAGAGGGUUUCCGCUGCGUGUGCCCGUUAUUCGGCUGGAGAGACCAGAGACCGCCCCGGUGCACAAAGAAGCACCCACUCAAAUGCAAUAUGUUGAAGGGCUUUGUCUCCUGCGCAACCACUCCCUGGAGCAUAACUUGCCCUCGGCAUUUGUCAUAGCACUCACUAAGGGUCUUACAAAUCUGUCAGGAAUGAAGGCAAAGGAAAGCACGACGGGAAAUUCCGUCCCUGAAGCAGUAAUUAGAAAAAAUAUAGCAACAAAAAGUAAAAACUGCAUUCAACUCGAUGGCGUCGAAAAAUUGAACAAAGAAACUAGUUUGCGACGCACAAGGUCUAUGGGAAGUAUUUCGAAAGCUGAAAAUGAAACAACACCUAAAAAGGCCAAAGCGAAAGCCAGACAAGUGGUUUCUGAAAGAAAACCGUACUUGAGAAGCGAAUCUAAGAAAAAUAGUGCUAAGAAAGAACUAAAUGGCCCACCAUUCAAUUCAGACUCUGUAAAUAACAAUGAAGUCAAUUUAGCUGUAAAGAAUUUGUCUAGUCCAUUGCAGCAUUGCGAUGUAAAAAAAAUAUUUGAAGAACAACUCAGGAUUGUGAAACAGAUGGAGCAGGAAAAGAAGGAUUUAGAGUUGGCUCGUAAAAUGGACGCGGAGCUGAACCGCCGCAUGCUGCGCCGCGCGCCCGCCGCCGCCGCAGCCAACAAGCGCGCGCUGCCGCUGCAGUACGCGCUGCGCCCGCCCAAGAAGCUCAAGGUUUAAUCUUCCAUCACAAUCUUAUUAUUACCUACUAUCCU